GCCGUGUGUUGUCGUGCGUGGGGCUGCGUGGGCUGGGUGAUGGAGCCACAGGUUUGCGUGACAAGGUGGCACUUGCUGGCGGCCGGACACCAGAAUGGAGAGAGCGAUGCCCAUUUUUGGGAGAGGAGGUUUCCCCCGUGCCCUUCUCCCAGUGAACGUAGGGCUGGGCAAUGGGUUUGUGCCAAGGGCCAGAUCUGGGACCCACCAAACCCGUCCCAUGCCAUGGUCCCUGAGCUGUCAUUAGUGAGGAGCUGCGCUUGCUCCCCACUGAGCUGAGCGUCUGGCCUGCAAACGAGAAACCAUCGUUUACUACAAGGCGGCUUUGAGGAACAAGUCUCUACUGUGCGACACCGUGAGGGGUCCCAGAGCUCAGUGGCGGUGGUUCCUCUGUCCUUGUUGCGGUGGCCGGAGGCACGUGCUGAUGCUGGGCUUGGUGUUUGACUUCUGGCAGCGGUUGUGACCAAGUGCGGUGUCACUGGCCCUCAGAGCUGGCUCAUCUCGGGGACCAUCGGGUGCAGGAAAGCCAGGCUGUGCGCUCUCCUCGGCCCGAGCCCGCGGUGGGUGUCCCCAGCGCGCAGAGAGCCUGAGGCGCGAUGCUGGCGGGGCCUCGGCCGUUGCGCAGCUGUGCGCGGCGCGGGAGCGCUGAGAUCAGCGGGUGCGGCUGGGAUUCCUCGGCUCCCGCCGGAGCUGUCUGGCAGCUCAUUUACGGUGAUGUUAUUGCCAGGCGUGCUGUGUCACCCCAGCAACCGCGGUGCAGCCCCCACUGCCCCUUCCCUGGGUGGGCGGGGGCCAGCGAGGUCUCCCCUGCUCGGCAUGGAGCAGCAGCCAGGAACAGGCUCUGCUCCCCGGCGGGCUCCCCGUUCCCAGCUGUCGGCGGAAGGGCCGGUUGUUUACCGGGGCAGAGGGUGUGGGAAGGGCAGCCUGUGCCUGAGAGCACCCGGCGUCCCCAAGCUGGUACCAUGGAGGCACCCAGCAGGACCCCCGCCAGCCCGACCCGCAGAGUCCAGACCAUCAUCCAGAACAGCCCCCUGGACCUGAUCGACACGGGCAAGGGGCUGAAGGUGCAGACAGAGAAGCCGCACUUGGUGAGCCUGGGCAGCGGCCGCCUCAGCACGGCCAUCACGCUCCUGCCUCUGGAGGAAGGGAGGACCACCAUUGGCACGGCUGCAAGGGACAUCGUCCUGCAGGGCCCCGGGCUGCAGCCCCAGCACUGCUUCAUUGAGAACGUGCAGGGGACGCUCACCCUGCACCCCUGCGGCAACGCCUGCGCCAUCGACGGCGUGCCGCUGCGGCGGCCCAUGCGCCUCACCCAAGGGUGCACCAUCUGCCUGGGCCAGGCCACCUUCCUGCGCUUCAACCACCCUGCCGAGGCCAAGUGGAUGAAGAGCAUGAUCCCGGCGGGGGACAGGAGCCCGGCGGCUCUCUACGGGCUGCCAGCAAAGCCCGAGAUGCUGGUGAAUGGUGGCCGCCAACGUCCAGAGUGCGGGCACCCCAGCCACAGCUCUCUGGUCAGCUCCAUCGAGAAGGACCUGCAGGACAUCAUGGACUCGCUGGUGCUGGAGGAGCCGCCGUCCCCUGGCGGCAAGAAGCCACUUGCCUGUGGACGGUCCCCAAUGUCCCCCGUGCUAAACGGCGGCGGCCACUGCCUCCUGUCCCCCCCGCCCAGCCCCGGGGCUGCCUCGGGGGGCUCCAGCUAUGAGAACACCUCCCCACCCUUCUCCCCGCUGUCCUCCCCGGCCAGCAGCGGUGGCUACACCAGCCCCUCGCCCAGCAGCCAGGAGCAGGGCCCGGCCGUGCCACCCCUCGUCCCGCUGCGCUCCUCCAGCUACAACCACGCUGUGCAGCCGCCCCCCCAGUGCCCACCCCCCACGCCUGGCGGGGGUCCCGGCGAGUCCUGGCCCAGGGACCAGCGCGCCGGCAGCCCCCGGCUGACCCCCCGUCCAGCCCCGCGGCCACGGGCAGCCCUGCAGGAGCGACCCCCCAGCCCUUUCCGUGAGCCGCGGGACCCCCCGGCCCCCAGCCGGCAGCCCCUCGGCAGGGUGGUUGCGGAGACGCGGCUGCAGCCCCCCGAGAGCCCGCGGGCAGCCCGGCGGAACGUGGACAGCAUGCGGGAGCUGCCCCCUCUGAGCCCCUUGCUGUCACGCCGGGCCGGCAGCCCCCGGGCAGCCCCCGACGCCCCCUCCCCACAGCCCCGGCUGGGCAGGGAGGUGCCUGGCAGCCCCCGCGCCCGGCGCAAGGGCCCGGAGGAGCAGCGGGGCGCAGGGAGCCCCUUGCCCUCGCUGCUGGCAGAGGCCGCCCCGCGCCGCCCCAGCUUCGGCACUUGCCUGAGCCCAGCGUACGGGCUGGGCUCCCCGGUGGUGCCGUCACCCCGGCAGAGCCCUCGCACCCCCAGGAAGCCCCUUGGGGACCCCCAGCCGCCAGUGGGGCUGCGGGAGCGCAAGAACAGCAUCACCGAGAUCAGCGACAACGAGGACGAGCUGCUGGAGUAUCACCGGCGGCAGCGGCAGGAGCGGGUGCGGGAGCAGGAGAUGGAGCGGCUGGAGCGGCAGCGCCUGGAGACCAUCCUGAACCUCUGUGCCGAGUACACCAAGACGGAUGGUACUGAACCAGCCGACGUGCACCAGCUCCUGGCUGCGGAUGCUGGCUGGCGGGCACCCCGCGGUGCCGUGGCGCUGGGCCGUGCUGCCGAGGAGCCUGUCGUCCUGCGGCAGAGGGAGAGCCUGGAGCGGUCGGAUGAGGAGAACCUGAAGGAGGAGUGCAGCAGCACCGAGAGCACCCACCACGAGCACGAGGAGCUGGCGGGGCCCCGCGCCAAGGAGGCGCAGCAGCUGGAGGGGGAGCGGGCCGGCGUGCUGUGCCGCCUGGACCAGCUCAAGAGCCGCCUCAAGGAGCUGGAGCAGCAGCUGCAGGAGACGUCGCGAGAGGCGGAGCUGGAGCGGGCGCUGCUGCAGGGCGAGCGGGAGGUGGAGGCGGCGCGGCUGCGGCAGGAGCAGGAGGCAGCACAGCAGCUGCAGGAGAAGCUCUGCAGCCUGGACACCAGCAUCCGCCGGGAGCGUGACAAGGAAAGGGCAAAGGUUGAUGCUGAAAGGAAGGAGCUCGAGCAGCUCCGGGCACUUUACCAUGAGUCGAAGAGCCACCUCGCUCAGUGCCCCGAGUCACUGCGGGAGCAGCUGCAGGAGCAGGUGCGAAGGGAGGCGGAGGCGCUGGAGACAGAGGCGAAGCUGUUGGAGGACCUGGAGUUCCAGCAGCUGGAGCGAGAGAGCCGGCUGGAGGAGGAGCGGGAGGCGCGGGGGCAGCAGCUGCUGCAGGGCCGGGCCGAGUGCCAGCGCAGCAUCGCCCGCAGGAAGGAGCGAGUGGCCGCCCUGGACGCCCAGGUUGCCCAGAUCCGGCUGCAGAGUGCCCAGGAGACUGAGCGCCUGGCCCGGGAGAGGAAUGGCGUCCUGCAGCUGCUGCAGAAGGAGAAGGAGAAGCUCGUGUCCCUGGAGAGGCGAUACCAGCUCGUCACAGGCGGCAGGAGCUUCCCCAAAAUGUCCUCGGCUCUCAGAGAGGACACCCUCUGCAUCCCCGAGCCUUACGAGCUGUUGGAGGGAUUGCAGCCCCUGAGCCCCCCGCCAGCCGCUGCCGCCUCCUCCUUCGCUUCUGCCGCCCGCUCGCUCCCCGCGGCACACGAGGAGUACAUGAGGCUGUCUGACGUUUUCAGGUUCUGCCGCCGCGCGUACGGCCCCAGCCCGGACGCUAAAGCUUCUGCCGCUGCCCCCGCUGCUGCUCAGCGCUCUUUCUUGCUUGCUGUCCCUCCCGCAGCCGAUGAGUACGUGACCGUUGAGCAGCUCUCGGGCAUCCUCCGCGCCUCUGCCGCUUCCCCGCCGGGCUGUGCCCCUCCAGCUCCUUCAUCCUCGGUCUGCACCACUCCUGCUCUUCCUCCUCCUCCUCCAUCUCUCUCUUCUCCCUCCGGCUCUGCAGAGACGGAGCAGCCGCUGCCGGGAGGGCCCGUGUGGCUCCCUGCUCUUGACUUAGAGAAGUGGUACCGGGAGGCCAUGGCUGCCUUUGAGACUUCCUCCUGCUCUGUUUCUCCUUCUUCUUCCCCUCCUCCGCUCCCAGCUAAAGCUCACUCCUCUCACGGGCCCCUCCAGGUCUAUCGUGCCAAAACAGAGGGUGACGCCGGUGCCCUGAGCCCUCGGCUGAAGAGCGGGACCCCCUCGUCCUCGCAACUCAACCUCUCCGUGCUGGGGCGCAGCCCCUCGCCCAAGGUACAGCUGCCGGGGGGCCCAAAGCCCGGCACCAGCCCCCUGUCCCCGCGGCUGACCACCUGCCGUCCUGCCCAGGGCCCCCCCAGCCCGGCGGGCAGCCUGCCCCGCAACCUGGCGGCAACGCUGCAGGACAUCGAGGCCAAGCGGCAGCUGGCCCUGCAGCAGAAGGCCGAGCCGCCCCCCGCGGAGCCCUCGCAGCCAGGGGAUCUACCAGGCCAGCAGGUGAUCGAGGAGCAGAAGCGGCGGCUGGCGGAGCUGAAGCAGAAAGCGGCCGCUGAGGCUCAGUCGCAGUGGGAAGCCCUGCACGGGCAGCCCCCCUUCCCUGGCGCCUUCCCCCCGCUUGUGCAUCACUCCAUCCUGCACCACCACCGGCCCCAUGGCCCCGGGCCCCGCGCCGAGGAGCUGGACCACGCAUACGACACGCUCAGCCUGGAGAGCUCGGACAGCAUGGACACCAGCAUCUCCACUGGCAACGCCUCCGCCUGCUCGCCCGACACCGUCUCCAGCGCCAGCGGGAUGGAGGCCGGCAAGAUCGAGGAGAUGGAGAAGAUGCUGAAGGAGGCUCACGCGGAGAAGUCGCGGCUGAUGGAGUCCCGGGAGCGGGAGAUGGAGCUGCGGCGGCAGGCGCUGGAGGACGAGCGCCGGCGCCGGGAGCAGCUGGAGCGGCGGCUGCAGGACGAGACCGCGCGGCGGCAGAAGCUGGUGGAGAAGGAGGUCAAGCUGCGGGAGAAGCACUUCUCACAGGCUCGUCCCCUGACGCGCUACCUCCCCAUCCGCAAGGAGGAUUUCAACCUGCGUCUGCACAUCGAGUCCUCGGGCCACAGCGUGGACACCUGCUACCACAUCAUCCUGACGGAGAAGAUGUGCAAGGGCUACCUGGUCAAGAUGGGCGGCAAGAUCAAGUCCUGGAAGAAGCGCUGGUUUGUCUUCGACCGCAUGAAGCGCACCCUCUCCUACUACGUGGAUAAACAUGAGACGAAGCUGAAGGGCGUCAUCUACUUCCAAGCCAUUGAGGAGGUUUACUACGACCACCUCCGCAGUGCAGCCAAGAGCCCCAACCCUGCGCUCACGUUCUGCGUCAAGACCCACGACCGCCUGUACUACAUGGUGGCUCCGUCGGCCGAGGCCAUGCGCAUCUGGAUGGACGUCAUCGUCACCGGGGCCGAGGGCUACACGCAGUUCAUGAGCUGAGGGCGGGGGGCGCUGCACCCCCGGAGCUGCUGCUGAGGGGCCUCCCGGGGUCGGGUCCCCGCUGUGCCCCGUGCGUGCCACAGCCGCGCCCUUGUCCCCGUCCUGCACAGCCCAGGGAAUAAUGUUGUUGGUUUUUUUAAUGUUUACUUUUUAAAAACAAAGUUUAUGGGAAACAUCCAA